AUGUCGGCACUUGAUUCGCUCACAAUUAAGUCCGGUGAGUGGCACGAUGGGAAGCACCGAAAGGCUAUUCCCCCUGGUGGUGGUAAGUCCCGGACCGAAGAUGAGGUCAUGGCGGUGUUCCACGGUGGUCAAGUCAUCAACGCUAUACUCAGAUCGACGGGAGUCAAGAGGAAACAAGCCUGGGCAAGCUGUGCACUAGUUUCCCAUGAGGUCAUGUUAUCGAAAAAGCCGAGCGUUGUCGAUCUUAUUCUGUUGUGGACAGCACAUCGUGGCUCAGUCUCCCUGGCUCUUGUUGCGGAGGUCCUCCGUACUCCACGUUUGGGCUUCGGGACGACUGCCAGAACUGAUUGA